UUUUCCUGUAGAGCCAUGUUCACAGGUGGGAUGAAGGAAUCAAACCAGGACGUCGUAGAGUUAAAAGGCUUGUCUGCCCGAGGCCUGAAACACAUCAUAGACUUUGCUUACAGCUCAGAGGUCACGCUAGAUCUGGACUGCAUCGAGGAUGUUUUGGGGGCGGCCGUGUUUCUGCAGAUGGUGCCCGUGGUGGAGCUGUGUGAGGAGUUCCUCAAAUCGGCCAUGAGCGUGGAGACGUGCCUGAACAUCGGGCAGAUGGCCACCACCUUCAGCUUGGCCUCGCUCAAGGAAUCGGUGGACGCAUUCACCUUCCGGCACUUUCUGCAGAUUGCCGAGGAGGAAGAUUUCCUGCACAUUCCCAUGGAGCGCCUGGUCUUCUUCCUGCAGAGCAACAAGCUGAAGAACUGCAGGGAGAUCGACCUCUUCCACGCGGCGAUACGCUGGCUCCAGCACGACGAGUUGAGGAGAGCCAGGGCCAACGAGGUGCUCUGUCACGUGCGUUUCCCGCUCAUGCGCUCGUCCGAGCUCGUAGACAGCGUCCAGACGGUCGACAUCAUGGUGGAAGACGUUCUCUGCAGGCAGUACCUUCUGGAAGCCUUCAACUACCAGAUACUCCCCUUCCGCCAGCACGAGAUGCAGUCGCCCCGCACUGUCAUUCGCUCAGACGUGAUGUCGCUCAUCACAUUCGGUGGCACGCCGUACACGGAUAACGACCGGACUGUCAGCAGUAAGGUCUACUACCUUCCGGACAUGGCAUCGCGUCAGUUUAAGGAGCUGACGGAGAUGGAGACCGGCUGCAGCCACGCUUGCGUGGCGGUGCUGGACAACUUCAUCUACGUGGUGGGCGGCCAGCACCUGCAGUACCGCAGCGGAGAGGGCGCCGUGGACAUCUGCUUCCGUUACGACCCUCACCUCAACCAGUGGCUUCGCAUCCAGUCCAUGCAAGAGAGCCGCAUUCAAUUCCAGCUCAACGUCCUGCAGGGACAGCUUUACGCCACAGGGGGGCGCAACAGAUCAGGGAGCCUGUCAUCUGUGGAGUGUUACAGCCCCAAGAAGAACGAAUGGACGUGCGUGGAUUCGCUGAAGCGCAGGAUCUGGGGUCACGCCGGCACAACGUGCGGGGAUAAGUUGUACAUCUCAGGGGGGUAUGGGGUUUCGGUAGAGGACAAGAAGACCUUACACUGCUACGACCCCGUCAGCGACCAGUGGGAUUUUAAAUGCCCCAUGAAUGAACCCCGGGUACUCCACGCCAUGAUCAGCGCGAACGAGCGAAUUUACGCUCUCGGAGGGCGAAUGGACCACGUCGACCGCUGCUUCGACGUCCUUGCGGUCGAGUAUUACGUUCCAGAAACAGACCAAUGGACAACCGUGAGUCCCAUGAGGGCGGGGCAGUCCGAAGCCGGCUGCUGCCUAUUGGACAAAAAGAUCUACAUUAUCGGAGGCUACAACUGGCAUCUGAACAACGUCACGAGCAUCGUGCAGGUCUACAACAUGGAGACAGACGAAUGGGAGAGGGAUUUGCAUUUCCCAGAGUCCUUUGCGGGAAUCGCUUGCACUCCGAUCAUACUUCCACAAACCACAACUCAACGAUAA